AUGGGGAAUAUGUUUGGAUUCCAAGCUUCAUCACUUUCUUCAAUACAACCUUCACCUGAAGCUGAUAAAGAGGAGUCUACAGGUGAACCCCUAGAUCUGCUUGGACUGUUUAGGACACCAGGAAGUAAAAAAACAUUGUGGAACCUUCAUGUAAGUCAAGAAUUUGAAACAGAUGGCUCAGGAAAUGAAAAUGAGAUUCCCAGGAAAAAACGUUCACUUUUGUUCCCCACUGGAGUUAAAUUCUGUCCUCAAGAAACAGUCCCACAAGCUGCAGCAAAUUACUUGAAAUAUUUCCGUCUAAGAGUGUGCCAAGAAGCAGUCUGGGAAGCAUUUAGGAUCUUUUUGGAAAGACUUCCUGAACAUGAAGAAUAUCAUAACUGGAUGAAGUAUUGUGAAGAAGAUGACAUUGAUGUGGUCGAAAUUGGGAGAAACUUUUCACAAACAGAGGAACAUCUUAUGCUUCUCCAGAAGCUCAGGGACAUCUACGAUGCAGCCAACAGAGAGAUCUACAACAGCUUUAAGAGUAAAUUUGUAGAACAAGGGAUCAAGGCAGAGAAAAGACAGCUCAGCCAUGAGGAAAACUGCAUCUUCAUGGCAGCCCUUAGGACACAUGGGAAACAUCGGUUUGGUAAAGGGGGGCCCAAAAAGCUGAGAGGACAAAAACAUGGAAUCAAAGUUAUCCUGGGCAUUAAUACAGUUGGUAGAAGAAACUGCAGAUUAACACUGUACAAGAGGAGUGCAGAUUAUAUGAUAGGAUGUGCUAGAGGCAAAGGGUCAGCAGCGAACACAAAUAGUUCCUCUAUACCAGUAAAUUUGGAGAAUAUAAAGAGCAGAAUGACUGUUGAUGAUGAUGAUGAUGAUGAUGAUGAUGAUGAUGAUGAUAGCAUAGAAAUUACCAGUCAAAUAGUAUAUUUUACACGUUACCUGGAUGACAUGUUUUUGCUAAUAAAAGGUAACAAACAGAGGGAGGAUGAAGCGGAAAGGUUCAGGGGGAGACCAUACUGGACCCACCCUGAAGAAAAUGUGGGAACGUCUUCCCAAUCCCUAGUCCUGAAUUUAUCUCACAAGAUCCUUACUAGGUAUGAAGUACAGGUUUUGACAAAGAGUUUAUCCUUUAUUCCUAGCAGUGUAAGCAAUGUUACUGAUUCAGUUUUGGACACUAGACCUUUUGCACGUAAUAUACAAUUGAAAUUGGAAUUUGAGGAUGAUAAUAGGUCAGGUAAUACUGGUACAUUCCGUACCCCUAGCUUAUAUGUUCCAACUUUACAUCCCUUGGUGGAUACUUUUAGUAAAUUAGUUGAACAAGAUCUGCAUGAGUUGAAUAAAUUAAAUAAAGAUAAAAGCAGGAAAGCCAGGAGACAGAACCUAACCUUUAAUCAGAGGAAGGCCCUAUCUGACUUGUCCAAGGACUCUUCCAUAGUUAUUCGUCCUGCAGAUAAAGGAGGACCUAUUGUUAUCAUGGACUCUGAAGACUAUUUAGAGAGUAUGAUUUUAAUGUUGAAUGAAGGUAAUUAUUAUUCUAAGAUCGAAUUAAAUGAGGUCACUAACAAGAUAUUCAAGAUCUAUGAUAUGUUAGAAGACCUUUAUAAAAGUCGAGACAUAGAUCAUAUCUUAAUGAAGUUUUUAAGAGUUAAUAAACCCCUCAUACCAAUUAUACAGGGUCUUCCCAAGAUUCACAAGUCAUUGGAAAAGCCACCAUUACAUCCCAUAGUAGCUGGGAGAGGCUGGGUUACCGAACCCCUAUCACUUUACCUGGAACAUUUCUUCAGACCUAUAGUUAAUGCCAGUUCCACCAUUUUAAGGGACAGUAAAACCAAUAGAAGACUCAAGGAGCGCAUAAGGGAACAUGUUUACCACAUUCGCAUAGGCACUCCUACAAAUGCCUUAGCCAAGCACGUUAUGGAAAGGGGCCCCAAUCAUACAUUUGUUUUUUCAGUGAUUCAGAUUUUUAAACCAAAUUUACGUGGGGGUGACAUUGAGACAUUUACAGAAGAGAAUGAACUCAGGUGGAUCAUUAGAUGUCAAGCAGACAGAGAGCCUGGUCUCAAUGACAAAGCUUCCCUCAAACCUAUUCUGCGAAAAAGAAGACUUACACUCACAAAUGAAAUUAAGACAAUGACAGAGAAGACAUCAAAACAUAGGAGUGAACAAAUUGUAGAAUUCACUAUUCUGCUUCUCGGCGAGCAGUACAAUGAGACUCUGAGUGACCCAGCUACGAGAUGGUUCAAGGAGCUGGCAGAACAGUUCAUCACUGAGGUGCAGCCUGUAUUUGAAGAGUUGCCAGGAUACAGGAAAAUCAAUGUGCUUCAAAAAUCCAUACCCAAGGAGAAUUUAAGCAUCAUGGUGCUGUACGAAGUAACUUUUGAAGGAGACAUCACGACCAUUACAAAUGCAACACUGGAUUUUAUCAGCCUUCACUCAAAUAAAGUUGAAGAUGACUCCUAUACAGAGCCUGACAACAAUCCAACUGUCAGUUAUACAAUCAGUGACUUCCGAAAUUAUAUAACAGAAGCUCUAUAUAAGGAGACUCUAAUGUCUAAUACAUCUCUGGAGCUGGAUCCUGACUCCCUUCAGUUAACCAGUGUGAAAGAAACACUUUCGGAUGUCACAACAGACAUGGAACAUCCUACACUUCCUGUAGAUACAACUGAUGUGAAUAAUAUUCUGAUAGCAGAGAAACCACCAGUCGCCACCAUAGAAACAAAUUAUAUUUUCUCUAAUGACUUCACCAAUGGAGAAUUAAGUUUGGACAAUGAAGAACCCACCUCUUUAUUGUUUAAUGAAAUCUGGUCAAGUCCAAAUAUUCCAGUCAUCCCUGGAAAUGAUUUUAUACCAUCAGAUAUAACCAUCAUGGAGGAAAGCACUUCAUUUCCUAAUGCAAUCAGUACAGGGACAACAAAUAUACAUCGAGAACACAGUUUCAACUAUUGGGCUUCAACUCCCACACUACUUGAGGAUGGUCAAAAGGAACUAGAAAAUGAUCUGGAUGGCUUUCUUUUUGGUAAUAUACAGCCAUCAGGACCACAGACAUUUGAAGUACCACUAGAAUCUACAACUAAAGAAAUUAUAGUCACCAGUCAAAAUACAAUAGUUAGUACUGAAGAAACCUCAGUAUCUAUCAUCUCUGAUAUAAGAAAUGAAGGUAAUGAGCAAUCAACAACUUUGACUGCAAUUCCAGAAGUGGCAACUACAGGCCACAUGGAUAUGUAUGCUAUUCUAGAUAGUGACCAGAGUGAAAAUAAAAGACCUCCAAUCGACAGCCGAGUAAGUGCCCAAACUCAUCUUGAGAAUGCAUUUCAUUUCACUGAAAGAGACAUCAAAAAUUACUUUUCUUCAGUAACUUAUGCUUCACCCACAAUCAGUAUGGAUAGAAAUGAAAUCCAUGAUGUCAAUACUGAAAAGUUUCUUGGUUUACCAUUGAGAAACUUCACUUUGGAAGAAGAUAGCUCAGGUUCGGGAAUGGAUAAUUCUGGUCAUAGUCAUGAAACUGAAAACUGGCCAUGGUCUACUACAAUUACUGAACCAGUUAAUUCUGCUGUACCUGAAAGCUGGCCUGGGAAUGAUAAUUCAGCUUUACCCAUGGAUAAUAAAACCAUUGACAUCAACAUUCAAGAUUAUGUCACAGCCAGUCUUAAUGACUCAGAGAUGGGAUUCAGCAUACGCUCUGAGGCUACUGAAGUUGACAUCACAGUGGAUGUCAAUAAAAAGUUGGACAUAACCGAGAAUCCAGGAUUUAUUAUACAGGCCCUCAAAGAAAAUGCUUCUUAUGUCAUGCAAGGUGCAACUGAAGAUUUGCCAAUAUUUUGGUCUCCAGAGUCAUUAAUAACCAAGUCUUCAAAGCAAACACCAGACACAACUGGCUUUUCUGAAAACGGCAUUGCUGAGUUAUCUCCACAGGUAGAAACAACCAGUGGUAGCAGCACAGCAUCAGAAAAGAGCCUGACUUAUAAUCCUGUCACAGUUUAUACUCAGGUGCAACCUGUUCUGAUGAAGCAAAGCACAGACAUGGUGGCAUCUCAGCCAGGAACAGAAUCACCAGAAAUGAGGCUGACAAUAACAGAACCAUUCAAUGCUGAAGAUCCUUUGAGGGCAACAAAUGCUGUAGAACUGCCAGUCACUGACUUGUCAGUCAUGUCCGAGACCUCUAAUAACCAGCCCAGUACUAGUAUUAGUGGUAGUACUCAAGUAGAAAAAGAAUUAACUGGAAGAGCGGAUGAUAAAAAGGAAGUUACUAAUGAAAAAUUAGGCACAAUGGAAUCAAACCUGAUUACAGAAAUUAUUAUUCCUGAGAAAGAGCUAAUAGUGAAACAAGUUACAAGUUUUCCAGACUCAGAACUGAAAGAUGAUGCAUUUUUUAAUGCAAGAGCCACAGAUGCCACAUACAUGCUAACCACAGAAUGGUCAGGCACUGACGUGUCUCACAAGGGCAAUGAUAUGGCAAUCUCAUCUGAUAUAAAUAAUGAAAAUCAUAUAUCAGCUGGCAGAUUCCCCACAACUGAAUCAGAUAACAUUAUUGAAGCAAGUACUGCUACUAAGAUACCAACAGGAUCUUAUCAUAACAGUGCAUCAAACAGACUAAUUCCAGCUGCAUCCACUAGUAAUGAUAUAGAUAAACCUUUUACUGGAUCAACAGCAACAAUAUAUCAUUUUACAGAACUGCCUGUGCUAACUAAAGAUAUUGACUGGCAGAAUGACAAUAUAAUUAACUCUAAUAAAUUCCCACACAUGGAUUCUGGUGAUGUCUCAAAUACUGAAUUGUACCCUCCUGAAACAACAACAGCAACAAAUCUGACAAACUAUGAGUUCACUAGCAGGGAACAAUUGAUGCCUAAUCCAUCUUCAGAGGGUCACUUUAUUUCAGAAGCUGUUGAUGAAUACUCUGAUUUCAAACCCACACAGACACAGUUUUUUCCCACUGCUGAAAACAUUGAUGACAUUAUAGCAAAAGACCAUGGUAUUUCUUUGGACCUAAACCAGUCACAAGCAGUGUCACAUCAUGCUAAAACACACCAAAAGGAAGAUCUGGGAUUGAAUAUGGAUUUCAUUGCAGAUAUGCAUUCAACAGAUAUUGCCAGCUUAGCUAUGCCAACUUCUGAACAAGGCAGUGUUCAGCCACUGCCAAAACAGGCACUUAUGGUAUUUUUUAGCCUCCGGGUUACCAACAUGGUAUUUUCUGAGGACCUUUUCAACAAAAGUUCUCUGGAAUACAAAGCUCUGGAGCAACGCUUCUUGGAUCUUCUGGUCCCCUACCUGCAGUCUAAUCUCUCAGGCUUUGAAAACCUCGAAAUUCUCAAUUUUCGGAAUGGCAGCAUUGUGGUAAACAGCCGAAUGAAGUUUGCUAAGCCUGUACCUCGAAGUGUCACUAGUGCUGUUUAUCUCAUUCUAGAAGAUUUUUGUAAUACUGCAUAUCAAACAAUGAAUCUUGCCAUAGAUAAAUAUUCCCUUGAUGUGGAAUCAGGUUACCAAGCAGACCCAUGUAAAUUCCAAGCCUGCAAUGAAUUUUCAAAGUGCUUAGUGAACCACUGGAGUGGAGAGGCAGAGUGUGUUUGUAGUCCUGGGUACUUAAGUGUAGAUGGCUUACCCUGUCAGAGUGUCUGUGAAUUACAGACAGAUUUCUGCUUCAAUGAUGGAAAAUGUGACAUCAUACCAGAACAAGGAGCCAUCUGCAGGUGUCGUGUAGGGGAAAACUGGUGGUACCGAGGAGAGCAUUGUGAAGAAUAUGUCUCAGAGCCACUUGUAGUGGGCAUUGCAGUAGCCUCAGUAGCAGGAUUCCUUCUUGUAGCCUCUAUAGUCAUAUUUUUACUGGCCAGGACUCUACGAAGCCACCACACAAAGAGGAAAGACAGUAGGAAAACAAACUCGGAAUGUGACAGUCUAGCUUCCAUAGAGAAUGCAGUAAAAUACAACCCUAUGUAUGAAAGUGACACCACUGCAUACAGUCACUACUACAAGCGGUACCCUCAGCAAGCAUCUCAGAGCUCUACUAGUGCAGAUGUCUCUGCAGACUUCAGCAGCGAGGAGGUGCGACAUAUCUACGAACACAGUGAACUUACAAAGGAGGAGAUCCAGGACAGAAUACGGAUAAUUGAGCUUUAUGCCAAAGAUCGUCAGUUUGCAGACUUUGUGCGACAACAUCAAGUGAAUGAAGAUAAUGCCAGAAGAGGACAUCUUAACAGUUAACUUUCCAGGAAGGAGACACCCUGCAACAGAUAAUAUGGUCUCUUUUCUAAACAAAGGAAACGACAAACCAGUACUGCAUUGCUGGAGAUAAUAAUAAAUGGAGAAAGAAAGGCAUGAUGAGUUCUUCAUACAAGUAGCAUGGAAUGUACUUACAGAAAGAGAUUUAUGAUAAAUAACGUUGAGUCUUACAGGAUGUGAUUUUUAAUUACACACUGUACCAGUGACAACAGGCACAAGCCUCUGUAAAAUUGUUGUGUACCAAACCAAGAAGCAUUUUAAGCCUCCAUAGAGUCUAUAUACCACUUUCCUUAAAAUAUGCUUAUCACUUCUUCCAUUUCAUAAAGAUAUUAUGAAAGUGAUAUCUGAUUUUUAAAUCUGUUAAGACAGUGAAUGUAUGCUUAUGGUCACACAAUAGGCUAGUAUUAUAAUUAACCAAGAUUAUACAUAUGAAUGUUCAGAACUUGAAUUUUGCAUAAUUUAUGCAGGUAUAUGCAAAAUGUAUUACUUUGAAAUGCUUUGCUUAUAUGCUUCAGUAAUAUAAUGUAAGUAAGUAAUGUGCAAAACUUGGAAGCCUAUGCUAGAACAAACUUUAGUAUUUCCUUUAGCAGAUGAUUAUUAAUGUUGACAUGUUUGCUGCUGUAUGGUAUAGAUAAAAAGAGCCUGUAAUGAUUAUAAACACAUUUGCUGAUUUUCGCUUCAAAAUCCAAUCCACAAAGCACUUGGUAAACUGUAACACAUUGUCUUUCAUUGUACAUAAAAUUAAAAUUUUGUA